AUGGUGGUCAGGUUUGCGGAUCGGCACACGCCGCCAAGAGAAUACACGAACAGUGACAAGGGUGGCCAUUUGGAUAAGAAAGGAGAAAAAAAAGCCAAAAGAACGGUGUGGGACGUACUGUUUGAAGUGAUUGAUCGUAAAAAACGUAGUCGCCAAAGUGCAAGAGAAUGCAGAGCAAGAAAAAAACUUAGAUAUCAAUAUUUAGAGGAACUAGUGUCUGACCGAGAAAAAGCCAUACUGGCUUUGCGCAAAGAAUUGGAAAUGUAUAUGUUGUGGUGCCAGGAGCUGGAUGCUGGUCAUGUUCCAGAAGGAUUACAAGCUACUUUGGAUAAGUUCACGUCCUUGGAAAAAAAUCAGAGUAGUGACAUGUUUAUGAAUGUACAAUAGGCAAAACUUAUUUAACAUUAUUAAAAUAAAAAAUUAUAGUGUUGUGUGCAUAGAA